CUGAAGUCGCUCCGACGAAGACCAUCAUUAAUGUUCCGCUUUCCGGGUUCGGCUGCACAAGAAAAGUAAAAAGUUUGAUAAGAAGGGGUGAAAUAUAUGUAUAAAAAUGGACUCAAGUGAUUCUAAAGAAGAUGGACCAAAAACUAGGAGGAGAAGCCUCAAACAGGCAUCCACGCAAGCUUCAUAUAUUGAGGAUCUUAAAGCCAGAAACCCAAUAAAGAGAACCCAGAAAAUGAGGGAAGAUGGUGGGGCAUCCAGAGCUGUCCAUGGAGCCAAGGAGAACAAGGGUCUCACUAAAGAGGAUGAGGAUGAAUCCCCUACUAAGAAGCAAAAGCUCAAAGAUAAGGAAAGGGUUAGAAAUGAGAGAGGUGAUGGUUUAAACCAAACAGAUGAUGAAAAUAUGGAGAUGGGUGAGAAUGAAGACCAGGAUCAAGAAAUGAACUCCGAUGAGGAGGCUGAGCAGGAGCUGGAGUCUAGUUGGACAGCCCAGCCUGGGACAGAAGAAACACAUCCUGUCCAUGUAAGGGAAGAAAAUCUGGAAAGUGAAGUGUCACUCAACAAACAAAGGCUACAUCUAUAUACUAAGGUCAUACCCAAACCCAAAGAGGGAAAUUACGGACCAGUCACAAAAUGUGGAGAUGCCUCUAGGAUGGGUGCUGUUCCACUGGAACAUCAACAAUUGAAAAAUAGGAUUAACAUGAACUACCAGAAUCCUGUCCAGAAACACAAAAAUCCCCCUGGUCUUAGAAGUUACCCACCAACUAAACCACAGAAGAGUUAUGUCAACCCAACAAUCCAGCUUCCUAUCACAAAUCAAACUAAUAACAAAUACACCGAAUCGAAGAGUUUGCAGAAACCAGUCCCCUCAAAAGCAAGUCCAGCCCCCUCCUCUAGAGGCUGGAUUUCGUACAUGUGCAAGUGGUUGUUGAUACUGGAAUUAUUACUUGCUUUGGGCUUUUUGGGCUUUUUGGCCUAUCAGAAGUUCUUACACUCCCAUUUGCCUCAAACUGAUGAGGUCCAUUCUAAAUCAGUAGAGAAAUUUGACCUGGAUUUGGCAGCUCUACAAGCUCUUUUUCCCAGUCAGCGCUCAGUGUUCUGGAAGAGGAGUGGGAAACAUCUUAAGAACCACCUGAAGACGGUCAACCCCACUGAACCGGUCAGUGUGAUUCUGACAGCUGGCCUCCAGGCCGAAACAACAUUGGGCUGCCUUGCUCGAAGAUUAGCUGCAGUGUACUCUGCUACCCAUAAUGCUUCAAUCUUAGAAAUCAAUGGGACCACCAAAAGAGCACAAGACAGUAAGCAGGUCAAGCUGGAUAUCGAUGAAGAGCUGAGGGAAGCAUUUGAAGGUGAUAAACCUGCAGCUGUUGUGCACCGUUUUGAGGAGCUCCCUCCUGGAUCUACGCUUAUAUUCUAUCGUUACUGUGACCACGAAAAUGCAGCUUACAAGAAGGUUUUCUUGGUUUUCACUGUGAUGCUUUCAGUGGAUGAAAUAGCCCCGACAACCAGUCUAAGUGCAGUGGAGGACAUGGUAUAUGAUCAUGUAAAACAGAAGUUUGUCAUCUCAGACAAAUCCACUGUGUUUAAUCAGAUGGAUGUGGAUAAACUGAGUGGACUGUGGAGCAGAAUUUCUCACCUCAUCCUGCCAGUGGCUGCAGAGGAGAAAAUUGAACAGCAGGGAUGUGGGGCAUAGCCUCACAGAAAAUCAUAAGAUUGUAUUACUGUAUUGGGCUGGACAAGUCAUUUUUAGAGUUUUGAGUUUAACUGGUCUAGUUCAUGAAUGUGCGGACCAUGGAAAUGUAUAUAAAAGAUCUUUAUUCCAAAGGGGUUUUUUUUUUUAAAUGUAUUUGUUUAAAAAUGUUUUAUUUUUGUAUUUGCCUACAUCUGGUUCUUUUUUGUUUCUCGAUAAUAUCUGUGUGAAGGCAGACACUUUAUCAUAUCAUAAUAAUAAUGAUAAUAAUAAUGUACUUGGCAUUAUAAGCAUUUGGCUUACAAUAUAAAUCAGCAAAUUAAUUGUUGUAAAUUCCUUCCAAAGGCCAGGUGAGGUAAUGACUGAACUUUUGCACUGACUUUUGAAGUUAAACUGAAAAAAAAAAAAGUAAGCUAGGCUCUUUUUACCAAUAAAAUUUUUUAUUGGGUUUGGCGUUAUAUAUCUCCGUGAUUAAGACUAUAAUAAGUCUAUUUUCGAGUCAAUUUCUUUUUUGUGUCGUUUCAUCCUCUUGUCCCCUGGUUAAUGCAUUUUUGUCAUAUUUCUUGUUUUAUUAUUCAAAAGUUUAGUGUGAAAUUUAAAAAAUGUUUUUGAAAUAAGUCUUUUAUGCAAUUAAAAAAAAAAAACUGUACUUAUCCAGAGUGAGCAAAAAGCCUGGCAAAAUCACUCUGGAACCCUGACAUCCAGCACUCCCUCUGAACUGUUGCCAAUAACAAUUUGUAUAAUGUUAUUCUCUAUUUACUUAUUCUAUUUUUAUUAUUUUAUUAUCUGUAUUUUGUCUUGUCACUGUCAUUCUGUUGCACUGUGGAAGCUUUUGUCGUGUACCUGGCAAUAAAGCUCAUUUUGAUUCUGA